GAUCGGCCAUCUUGAAUUAACUGUCAUUUGUGUUUGUGGUGUUUAGUGUUACCUAGAUAUCGAAUUUUGCGAUUUAUUGAAUAAAAGACGUUAAAAUAACAUCAUAAUAAUUUUAUAGUGGAAUUAUUUGCCUCAAUUUCAUAAAAUAAACCAAAAAUUGGUCACAAAUCUAAUCCUUCGUAGUGUUCAUUGUGAUCAAUAUUUCCAAUAAAUAAAUCAUAACAUUGUGUGGAUAAUUCAAUUAACUAAUGGAAUAAAUUAGGUUAGUGUGAGAGCAACAAUGGCGGAACUCCAGGACUCUCUCCCCCCAGGUUGGGAGAGCAGAACCGACUUUAUAUCCGGAAAAACGUAUUACAUAAAUCACAAUACGAAAACUACAACAUGGGAUGAUCCAAGGACUCGUCAAAAACACACCACCCCCAAACAUGUUGAGUACAUCCCUCUCCAGCAUGGAUCACCAGAUCUGAGAAGGAAUUAUGUUUACCCCAGUCAAAUUUCCCCUAUACCGGCUUUUCAGAUCUCUUCAACACAAAACCCCAAGUGUAAUCCGUUGCAGGAGCUUCGUGGGGGCUCCCGUCUGAGCCCGUUGACCGUCCGCGGGGCCAAAGUCCAAGACAGCUCCCUAACCAUCCACUCAGAGACCGACGAUGCUGUCUCAAAAAUCAGCGCCAUGUUCCCCACCGUCUCCGAGACCCACAUUCGUCUCCUGAUGAAGAAGUAUCACAAUCGGGAAGCUCUUGUGAUAAGUGCGUUACAGGUGGAAAAAAAUCCAAUCACAACACCGGGACCUUUUGCAACGCCCCCGCCACAGCGAAACAUCCACCAUCCCGGUGUACAUGCAUUACAAAUGACGCCCCCCCUUGGGCUGCGCACCAGCUCCAGGGGCGGCAGUCCGGUCUUGAGGCCUGGAUCGGGGGGCAACUCUCCGCGCGUCGGAGAUGCCUUCAAGGGGUCGCCGAGGCCGCAUUCUUCGCCCAAAUUAAAACUAAGGUACAUGAAAUCGAUUUUUCCCCAAGCUGACGAAACGGUUAUUUUGGACAUACUGUAUAAUAAUGAAAGUAAUAUACAGAAAGCGUCUGAAAUUUUGUCUGAAAUGGGCUUCAAUCGAAAAGAUACUGUAAAAGCAGCUCAACUAAAAAUGGAAACAAGAAUUGAAGAAAAACGAAUUGAAGAAGUGAAGAGAAAUGAACCGCCACCGCCUCCACCUAAGAUUAAGACAAAGGAAGAAAAAGCAGCAUUAAAAGAAGAAAUGAAAAAGAAAUAUGCUGAGGUACCUGAACAUUUGAUUAAAAUAGCAUUAGAGAGUGUUGAUUUUAAUGAGAGUAGAGCCAAUCAAAUUCUUGAGAUUAUUAUACAGGAAGACACCGAUAAGAAGGCAGCGGAAAGUGUGGCAAUUGGCAACGAAAUUCAGGAGGAAAUUGUGAAAAAAUCUGAACUCAAAGUAACAGAAAUGCCAACUUCACAAAGUCGCCAAUCAAUCAAGUCGCUACUGAAAGCCGAUAAAGUAGAAAAGGAUAAAACCACAUAUUCCAGACUUGUUGAAAAUAUGUCACCAGAGCGUCGUUCCCCGAAUAUCAUGAGCACAAAAGGGCCUAAUGUGGAUUUAAUAAAGGGACCAAACAGUAAAAUCCUUUUGGAGGACUACGUCAAUUGGCAAGGGCCUAAUUCCAACAUCCGUAAAGGUCCCCAAGGGCUGAGUAAGGGGGCUAACCGAUCCUUGCUUUCGCAGAGAACCUACCAAGCCUGUGGUUCAAACCCAGAGUUGCGCAAAGGCCCCAAACAGGGCUUAGCCAAAGGCAGUAUCUUCUCCCAGUUGAAAAAUGUGGCUGUUGGGGGAGAGUCUCGGGGGAAGUAGCAGUUCAUGUGUACUAUUAUUUAAAGCAUCGAAUUUUGCAAUUUCACAAACUAUUGAUUUUUGUUAUCCAAAAAUGCAAUCCUAUUAUUUAAGAAGGCUGUGGCUUGGAACUUAUGCCGCCCAAUUGGAAAUUCCUGUGCCCCCACAUAUCCGAUUAUAUCACAAGUCCCCCAAACUAUUUUCCGUGCUAUUUUAAAUGAUAAAUGUACCCUAAAUAUUUUUGUACUGUGAACAUACUUGUAGCUAGACAAUGUCAAAUGCUUUUAAAUUGUUCUGUGUUUUAGUGAUCUCGAAAUAAAAAACUUUCGUGUUGUU